AUGAAGGGUCCCAUAAUUUCAUUUUUAUCAAUAUUAUCAUUUUUAUCAAUAAUAUUAGCAGAAACUCAUACAUGGUAUUAUACAGCAGAUUGGGUUGAAAAAAAUCCAGAUGGUUCAUUAAUUAAUCCAGAUGGUAUUUUCCCAAGACCAAUGAUUGGUUUUAAUGAUACUUGGCCAUUACCAACUUUAAGAGUUAAAAAGGGUGAUAGAAUUCAAUUAUAUUUAACAAAUGGUAUGAAUGAUAGAAAUACUUCAUUACAUUUUCAUGGAAUGUUUCAACCAGGAUCAAAUCAAAUGGAUGGUCCAGAAAUGAUUACUCAAUGUCCAAUACCACCAGGUGAAACUUUUUUAUAUAAUUUUACAGUUGAUCAACAAGUUGGUUCUUAUUGGUAUCAUUCUCAUACUUCUGGACAAUAUGGUGAUGGUAUGAGAGGUGUUUUUAUUAUAGAAGAUGAUGAUUUUCCCUAUGAAUAUGAUGAAGAAGUUAUAUUAACUUUAAAUGAACAUUAUCAUGAAUUUUCAGAUGAAUUAAAACCAAAAUUUUUAAGUAGAUUUAAUCCAACUGGUGCAGAACCAAUACCUGAUAAUUUUUUAUUUAAUGAAACAAGAAAUAAUACUUGGAAAGUUGAACCAAACAAGACUUACUUGUUAAGAAUCAUAAAUACUGGUAGAUUUGUAUCUCAAUAUCUUUGGAUGGAAGAUCAUGAUUUUACUAUAGUUGAAAUUGAUGGUAUUUAUGUUGAAAAAAAUACAACUGAUUUAUUAUAUAUAACAGUUGCUCAAAGAUAUGCAGUAUUAAUAACAACUAAAAAUGAAACAGAUAAAAAUUAUGCAUUUAUGAAUAGAGUUGAUAUUGAUAUGUUAGAUUUAAUUCCUGAUAAUUUAGAAUUAAAUGGUACAAAUCAUAUAAUAUAUAAUGAAUCAUUAGAUAAAGCAGAACCUUAUUUAAUUGAAUCAAUAGAUGAUUAUUUUGAUGAUUUUUGGUUAAAACCUUUAUCAAAAGAAAAAUUAUUAGAUGAUGCUGAUUAUACUAUUACAAUUGAUGUUCAAAUGGAUAAUUUAGGUGAUGGUGUUAAUUAUGCUUUUUUUAAUAAUGUUACCUAUACAAUGCCAAAAGUUCCAACUUUGUUAACUGCUUUAUCUGCUGGUGAACAUGCAACAAAUGAAUUAGUUUAUGGUACAAAUACAAAUUCAUUUGUUUUGGAAAAAGAUGAAGUUAUUGAUAUUGUUAUGAAUAAUUUAGAUACUGGUAAACAUCCUUUCCAUUUACAUGGUCAUGUUUUUCAAGUUAUUGAAAGACAUGAAGCUAUUGAUGAUGACGAAGAUCCAGUUGCUUAUAAUGCAAGUGAUCAUGCUGAAUGGCCUGAAUAUCCAAUGAUUAGAGAUACUGUUUAUUUACAACCACAAUCAUAUUUAGUAUUAAGAUUUAAAGCAAAUAAUCCAGGAAUUUGGUUAUUCCAUUGUCAUAUUGAAUGGCAUUUAGAUCAAGGUUUAGCUAUACAAUUAAUUGAAGAUCCAAUAAGUAUGCAAAAUAAUGAAACUCAACAAAUUACUGAUAAUCAUAAACAAAUUUGUGAAAAAGUUGGUGUUUCAGUGGAAGGUAAUGCAGCAGGUAAUUCUGUUAAUUAUUUAGAUUUAUCAGGUGAAAAUAUUCAACACAAGAGAUUACCAACUGGUUUUACUGCAAGAGGUAUUGUUGCUUUAGUGUUUUCUUGUAUUGCUGGUGUAUUAGGUCUUAUUGCUAUAUCAAUAUAUGGAAUGCAAGAUAUAAAUAAUGUUGAAGAAAGAGUAGCAAGAGAUUUAGAUGUUGAUUUAGAUGAACAAUAUAAUGAAGAUGGAGAAAUUAGUUCAAAUGAUAUUAUUAGAGAAAAUUCAUCAACUGGUAAUUCAUCAACUCAAAAACAUUAA